AUGGGUUUGCAGAUUUCAAAGCAGGGGCCAGGGAAGGCUGCAGUAACAUGUCCGGAUAUCCAAUAUUCGUUCAUCGAUUAUCUUACCAAGAGUAUAUUUAUUCGUAACUUGGUAUCCAAGCAUCGUAGGCGAAUGCUAGUUGCAGGAUAUGAUCUUGACAUGUCAUAUAUCACAGAUAAAGUAUUAGCUAUGUCGUUUCCUGCAGAACGAAUGAGAGCUAUGUAUCGUAAUCCUCUUUGGCAAGUAAAAUCCGUGCUCGACAUGAGACACGGAGAGCAUUACAAGGUUUACAAUUUAUGCAUAGAGGAAACAUAUGAUCCGGGACAUUUUCAUGGUCGAGUCGAGUUGUGCCCUUUUGAUGACAACCAUGUUCCACCACUGGAAAUGGUGAAGAAAUUCUGCGAAAGUGUUUAUUCAUGGCUAUCACAAGACCCUAGAAAUAUUGUAGUUAUUCAUUGCAUGGCAGGUAAAGGUCGGACAGGAUUAAUGGUGUGUGCGUACCUUGUUUACAGUGGUAUGAUAGCAGAGGAGGCUCUUCAAUUGUAUGCAAAUAAACGAACUACCAAUAAUGAAGGAGUCUCUAUACCAAGCCAACGUCGUUAUGUAGGAUACUGGACCAGUAUGCUUUCUUUUCCGAAGGGAAUCGGUAAUGAACCUCCGGUAGUGAGCUUACCGGGAUCUUGCCCCCGAGAAUUAAGGCGAAUUCGUCUUUACGACAUGAUUAACACAGAAUCGAUCUUCUUCGUAGUCUCUGAAUUGCAAGAGGUUGUUGGCCAAAAUUACCGUCCGCCAGUGGAACUUGCAAAGGGCUGCUGCAGACCAAUCAGAGAAGGAAAACAGACAAGUAACAGUCCUCGUUAUUAUGUGUCUGUUAUUGAUCAAGAAAUGAACGAUUCCAACUCAGAAGAAGCUCGAGUUGUUGUUCAAAUGGACACAGAACGUCCCAUAAUUGAUCAGAAAACUUGUCUUGAUUACUGUUUCAACAAACCUGUACAAAUUAAAGGAGAUGUUCGUGUGAUAUUCUACCAGAAAAUGAUCGGCGGCCGCCUGUUCUAUGUUUGCUUCAAUACAGCUUUUAUUAAGAAUAGCUUGCUGCAGUUCUCAAUGAGAGAUUUGGAUAAAAUAGGGAAAAAGGGUCCAUCAAUAUGUGGUUCAACCUUCUGUUUGGAGUUGCUGUUCGGACCAGCUAAUUCAAAGUUUUGUGAUCAUGAUGUUGAUGAAGAUGAUGAUGAUUAUGAUUAUGAUAGCAUUAGUGACGAGAAAGCCUUAUUAUAAAUUUAUUAAUUCAGCUUUCUAUAAAUAUAAUAGUAAUUACUCAUUGAUUAUUUAUAUCUUCAUAUUUAAACAAACCUACAAAUUCAUCCUCCCAUAAAAUUUGUAAUCCCACCAUUCUAAUCUUUUAUGAAAAUGGUGGGCACUAGGCAAAGGGAGGAAGUUUUGGAUAUUUUUUAAGGUUUGAUUUUUUGAGUACAUUUUGCAGAAGUAAAUUUCAAACAUGCUUGUUUUUUUUA